AUGAAAGACUCCAAGCCAUUCAGAUACGACCAAGACUUACUCAAAAAUUUGUUGGGAAAUGACUAUAGCAAAUUUGAAAAAAAGUUAAAGUGUAUUCCAACUAUAACUGAAAAUAUUCUGCUGACUGAACCCAUAUACUCAUCAGUAAGUGCUUCAAUAUCAUUACCGUACCAGCAAUCGGACCUUGUCGACAAGAAAUCAAAGUUGAAACUCAAUCGCAGUCGAUUUCGGCCAUAUCAACUCUCCAAAAAGACGGUUUUGAAGUCAAACAAUUCACCCGAGAUCAUUGUCUUAGAUCCGGAUGUUGAAUUCACCAAGUCUCCGUUAUUCGACUUGUUGACCGAAUUAGUUGAGCCGACAAGUUUACAGCCGCAGCAGAAUAUCAUUCGGUUCAAGUUGUCUCCGAAACAAGCUGAGGAAAUUUCCAACUCACGGUCCCAGUCCGGGGAUACAGGAUUCUCCGUUCAAGUGCAAAUUCGUUUGUGUAAACUGGACCCAUCAGCCAAAGAACACGAUGACUUUAUUCCUUUGGGCAUUAGACUGAUGAUCAACGAACAAAAUAUUGAAUUUAGUGAUUUAUUAACUGACGAUUCCGCAGGACUCCUGCCCCAGAAGUUCAAGCCAAUCGAUAUCACAUCUCGAAUUGAAGUGUCACCAGUUGAAAAUGUCGUGAAAAUAAACAUACCAGCAGAUGCGAAUACAUAUGUCGCGGUUAUCAAUCUUGUCCGUAAGAAGACCAGCGCGGAAUUAUUCGACCAAUUGAAGUCUAAGGCUGGUUUGGAUUCGAAUCAUACGAGGGAAUUUAUCAAGGGAAUAUUGGAUGAAGAUCAAGACAUCAAGGACUUUGCUGCUGUUUCAUUGAUAAUGUCUUUUGUCUGUCCGCUUGGGAACAAGAGAAUCCGUGACCCCUGCCGAGGAUUUUUUUGUACGCACAUUGAGUGUUUUGACGCGUCAGCAUAUUUACAAGCUAAUGAAGCUCAUGGCACCUGGGAAUGUCCAGUCUGCAACCGGCCAGCGGGGUUUGAAAGCCUCAUUAUUGACAAUUACUUUAGUGAGAUAUUAUCUUCAGGUAAACUACAGCCUAAUGUUUGUGAAAUAAUAUUUUUCGAAGAUGGUACCUGGGAUAAUUACGUUCCGGCUUUUAUUCAAUCGGAUUCUGAAGAAAGUAAUAAAGGGUCUGAAGAAAUGACAUCAGAAACAGAUAACUCUAUUGAUGAGGACGAUGAAUUGUUUUCGAGAUUAUCGGCGUCCUCAAACAAAUCGGGCGACGACUUCGAUGACCUGUUUUCGGCUUAUGCAGAUUACAUCGAUAAGGGAAUAACCGAAAUACUUAGAGAAACUCAGUGUGUUUGA